UCAUUACACAUUCCAUACUUGAGAUUAAAAAUGGCGACUUUCUCAGGAUUACACCUUCUCUUCUUCUCCUUCUUCAUAUCUACAGGCACAAUUUCCGUCGUCUCCGGCACCGUCUUCACCAUAGUGAACAGCUGCAGCUUCACCGUCUGGCCCGGAAUCCUCACCGGAAACGGCGCACAACUCAUGGACGGCGGAUUCGCAUUAAACCCAGGAGCUUCCGUCGACGUAACCGCACCCGCGGGAUGGUCCGGUCGAUUCUGGGGCCGAACCGGCUGCAAUUUCGACUCCUCCGGCGCCGGAAGCUGCAUCACCGGAGACUGCGGCAACAAACUAAAAUGCGGCGGCGCCGGAGGAGCUCCACCAGCCACACUCGCCGAAUUCACAAUCGGCACAAACGGCGGGAACGAUUUCUACGACGUAAGCCUCGUCGACGGUUACAACGUCCAGAUGGAAAUCACGACGGGAGGCGGAUCAGGGGAUUGCCAAAACGUUGGGUGCGUUUCGGACUUGAACGCCAACUGUCCGAACGAUCUACGCGUUUCGGACGCGGGUAAUGUUGUUGCGUGUAAGAGCGCUUGCGAGGCUUUUAACAAACCGGAGUUUUGUUGCACCGGUUCGUUCGGUAAACCGGAGACUUGUCCUCCUACGGAUUACUCGAGGAUAUUUAAAGGAGCUUGUCCCAAAGCGUAUAGCUACGCAUACGACGACGCUUCGAGCACUUUUACUUGUGCCAAUGCUAAUUACUCCAUCAUUUUCUGUCCUAGAUAGAUAUAUAGAUAUGGGAUAUCCUUUUAUCAUUUAUAUCAACGACGAUUUGUAUGUAAUACUGCAGAAUCGCGGAAAUUAAACAAGUUUUUGCAGAAUGAGAUAAAUUCUGCUGACUGAUAUUAUAAUGAAUAAAUUACUGAACGAAAUUUA